AUGCCGGUGAGAAGGUUCCACAAGGCUCAUGGACAGAACAUCCGGCUACUGCAGGGGAACACCGUGGCUCACAGGGAGGUCAGUUUUGCUCAUGCGCUGGUGUUCAGCGAGAAACCUCUGCAGCCAGGGGAAAUAUUUCUGGUGGAGAUAGAGAAGACCGAGCGGGGAUGGAGUGGGCACAUGAGGAUCGGCUUAACAGAGGUGGAUCCAGCCAAGCAGGAGAACGGUUUACCACAGUAUGCUCUGCCAGACCUUGGCCAGUUUGGAAGGUGUUGGGUGUCUGCAGUGACGAAGUCACGGAAUAGGCUGCAGUACCAUCAAAGUCCCGAAAGGGCACACUCAUCUCUGAAAGCUCCAUACAAGUCAGUUCUGGGCAACAGUGAGGUUAUCAGCACUUCUUGCGGUCGUGUAAGACGUUCAAUGCUGCAGCCUUCAUAUUCGCUGUUUCGCUCAGCCUUCAUGAAUGGUUCCAGUGAUCAGGCUUCGUUUGAUGGUGAUGAGCCAUCACUGAAAGCUGCCAAGAAACUCAUCCUGGCCACGGACGUAGGGUCACGUAUCGGGGUCAUGUACUGUCCAGACGAGACUGGUUACUAUGCUCGUAUGCAUUUUAUCAUCAAUGGGGAGGACCAGGGACCAAGUGAUGACCGGAUCCCGCUGACCGAUGGCUGUGCUUCGCUGUUUGCUGUACUCUUAUGUACAGUUAGAAAAUUUUCACUC